AUCUCCCUCUCCCUCUUCAUCCCUUGUUCUUCACACCAAAACCCUAAUAAUUUCUCCCCAAAAUUUUCUUUCAGAACCCUAGAAAUCUUCAAAAAGAUUUUUCAUUUUGAUCAAUACGAUUAGACCCAGGUCAAUACCCUGAAAUUUCUGGGAACUGUGAUAGGUUCAAUGCUCAGAUCAUUUCUGUGGAAUUCAUUUUUUGGUUUAAUUGCUUAAUCUAGAAUUCUCGGGUUUGGGAGUUAUCGCUAGAUCAAGGUUCUGGAGAUUUGUACAUCGAAAAGAUUAAGGUAUAGAAGUACAGGUGCAAGUGUGAGUUGGAUUAAAGAUGCAACAACUUCCAGGGCAGAUAAAUGAAGUUCAUAUUACUGAUGAAUCACUGAGUGAUUCACAAUCUCUGCAUCAUGUUCAUUACAUGCAACAAAAUCAUGCUCAUAUAGUAAAUCAUGAGAACAAUAAUGGUAAUGGUGGUAGUGUAAUGGAAGAGGAUGAUGAUGGUGCUGGAAGUGAUGGUAUGGAGGCAGAAGUUCCUACGGGGCAUUUAGCUGAUAUGCGUGGAACAACAAUGACUCGUAAUGGUAUUGGUGGACAUGGAAAUCAGUUAACUCUAUCGUUUCAGGGCGAAGUCUAUGUCUUUGAUUCUGUCUCCCCUGAAAAGGUCCAAGCUGUGCUUUUAUUACUCGGGGGACGCGAAGUACCUACUACUGUCCCGGCUAUACCAACAGCUCCUCCUCAUAAUAAUAGGGGGUUGAAUGAAAUUCCACCACGAUUAAAUGUUCCUCAGAGGAUGGCUUCUUUGAUAAGGUUUCGCGAAAAGAGAAAAGAGCGAAACUUCGAUAAGAAAAUUCGUUAUACUGUUCGUAAAGAGGUUGCGUUAAGGAUGCAACGGCACAAAGGCCAGUUCACCUCUUCAAAGAACAUUCAGGAUGAAUCUGGGUCAGCAAUAACAACUUGGGAUUCAGGUCGCUGGGGUGAAAACGGACAACAAGAGGCAACCUGCCGUCAUUGUGGGACUUCUGGGAAACAAACUCCAAUGAUGCGUCGUGGACCUGAAGGACCGAGGACAUUGUGCAAUGCAUGUGGACUGAUGUGGGCAAAUAAGGGAACAUUGAGGGACCUCACAAAGGCGGGGGCGGGUUUGCCAGUGCAGAAUACUCCUCCCUUAAAUUCAACUGAGGAGAACAAAGCUGCAGAGGUUCUUGAAACACCAGAAGCAACUGGUAGUGAAUCCUCGUGACCGUGAUGUUGCUACCAAGUUCUCUUGCGAGUUUUAUGUAUAUGAAUCGGAUGACAGGGGAUAUCUCAUCUCAGCAGCCCCUUCUUAGAUGAUGAUGAUGAGUUCUUAGGGGGUUCCUCUCGUACAUGUAUUCUAACGUGACAUUUCGGAUCCCAGAAAAAAGAAUUUUAUAUUUCUAUUUCUUCUGCACCCUUGACUAUGGCAGUGCCACUCGUAUUUACACUUCAUACAAGAAGAGAAUGAACCUUUUUAUAGGUAGUUGAUUAAGAGUUUUAGUUUGUUAUCUUCACCACCUAAAUGUCUUUGGAAGAGCUUAAUUAUUCACUUGUAUAUUCUCUUAUGUUUCCAGCUGUUUCUUCUGAACAUUUUUAGUGUAUACUUUUACUGGUGCAUCACUUGUGUUUGUAUCUGAAGCCAAACUGGAUUGUUUACUAGAAAAAA